UAUCAACCGACAUCCAGGUUCACUUGAAACUGCAGUCACAACAGAAUGCGCAACAGUUGCGUCUGAACGAAAGAGAUAUAUAUCGUGGCCGAUCCCAUUGUCGUUCAUCCGAUAACAAUUCGAAAGUUCUUACACCCUCGUCUCGAGUGCCGACCAUGUGAACUGGAGCAAAAGCCGCGGUGGAUGGUGGAACGUGUCGAGCGAACGAAACGACUCGACAUGAGCGCGAAAACCCUGGCCUUCGGAUGCAACGCGGUGCAAUCAUGCAAGAUGCAGGAACGUACGAGGAACGUGCUGUGAACGCGAUUCGGUUACAAGCUUCUGUCAAGAUGUCCGAGAAGCGGAUUUCGAUGGGCAUUAACGUCAGCAUUCUCGUUAUACUAACCAUCUUCGGGGUGUUGCUUUCCUUGCCAUUGCGAUUGCUCUUGAACACGAAUUAUUACAGUCGAAACGAAACGAUCGGCGAAAAUACUACGAUACAAACGACGGAGAACGUAACGGUCGAAGCGAUAAUAAUCCCGGUUGAUCAUCGAAAGUUGAGACGCUGUCCAAGGUUCGAGUACGAAGACAGAUUGAUAUCGGUUUUUCAAAGUGAUUACGAUGGAAAUUGCACUUACACGCGAGUCUGUCCGAUUAACGACACGAAGGAGGAAAAUAACGGAGAUGUCGAGAGCGAACCUGUUAACAAAGGGAAUAAUGAAACGUCCAAGAUAUUGAAGGAGAUCGUCGGUGAGAAUUCGACGGAAAAAGUUGAAGAAAGUGGGAAAGAUCGUCGAACGAAAUCGGUUCUGGUCGCCGGACACAUUCUCGUGACGAUGCUUCUCAUUUCAGCAAUCGCUGCUCUCGUUGAAGUAUUGCGAAUACGUUUCGCUAGAGAUAAGGACUCGUCUAAGGCAGAUAGUAUCAGCUCAAGAAAAACGUCCAUGGUCGAGUUAUCCGUUCAGAGGAGAUUCCUACCGAGGUACCCAAUGAAGAGUGCGAGAUCUUUCGAAAUGCAUCGAUCUGCUUUACGCCUAUUAGGUGCGAGACCGCCGCCUCUUAUCCGUCGCUCGUCAUUCCCAACGCAACCAUCUAAACAAAACUCUGGAUCGGUCAGUGGAACACCGAAUAAUCGGAAAUCGAGACGCCAAUCGGCCGAAUCCGACGAAGAGGUCGGAAUCCUCAUGAGCGCUCUUCAUCAUCGCACACGCCUGAUUCGACGGCAUUAAAGUAAGGUCGAUCAAUUGAAUUCUUUGAAAAUUCAUUCGCGUUAACACUAACAGGGUACACGUCUUAGACUGAAUGGUCUUACAUAUCGCACAACGAUUAUGUUCACGAAUUCUUUAAAAAUUCUUACUACUUCGUGAAACAACCCAAAAGGACUUCCAAUGAAAUCGUUGUUUCUUCCUGUUCAUAUUUUACAAUUCUGUCUACUUAACAGAAAUUUUAUAGUAGCAAAAAAUCUUCUAAAUCUGCCGCCGCCCCCCCCUCCCCGCUGUUAAAAUCAACAACAAAUCUGCUUAUUACCGUUCCACCAACCAUAAUUUUAAUCGUUUCUGUUCUCUAUAAGGUAAUACACCCGUAGAAAGCGUCUUUGAGAAUAGGUAAUCGCAAAAUUGAAAUCAAAGUGCAAAAUGAAUAAACACGGCUAGUACAUCUAAUCUAUUCCUACUCUGUUGUAUACGAUAUUGUUAUACAAGGCGACGACCGUGUGAAACUAAUUAAAAUAUAAUAUGAAUGUAUUUUGGAAAAAGUUUAGAGAUUCUCUUCGAUACAUAUUUUCAUAUUAAUAACCGUACCUCCCUUUAAACAGCGAAUACUUCGACACUUUUGUGAUUUUCAUCGUUUCUCACGUAAUAUGUAAAACGUUAAUCAAAAAUUGUGAAAUAUAUAUAUAUAUGUACAUAUGUAUAUCGAUGUCUGAUAAAUAAAUUCUUCCAUUCUUUACUCAAA